ACAAUAAUACACACGUUUUACUAAACGGUUUGUCGGUAUCUAGAAGUAAUCAUUUCAAAACACGUGGUAUUUCUUUUCAUUCUGACCACCGGCAACCGGACAGAAGUAGCAGAACGGCGUUAAACCCAUAGAAAACUACAAUACCCAGGAGAGCUUGCGUUUCGGGGGCGUGGCGGUUCGAGCCCGGUUCUUCCAAUCACACGCACGCUACAGCCUGGCACGGCGGCGGAGUUGUUUGUAAACGGAGAGAGAGUGGCAGCGGUGAGCGGAGAGCUCUCCAAUGGACCGGCUCACUCGGGGUGUGGACGCACUGUUUACUGUUUACCUAGAGCAAAACUAAAACCGAGCGCUUCUUUUCUUCUUUUGGAGCGCUUCUUCACCAUGGCAGCUUCGAACCCGAGCGAUCGGGCCCACAAGCAGCCCGAUCCCAGAGAGGUGAUUGAGGCGGACAGCGCCGAGGAGAGCGAGGAGAGCGCUGACAUGGAAUCAUCCAGCUCCACAGAGGAGAAGAGCGGCGAGAGCCAAUCGGAGCAGGAAGAGCAGGAGGAGAAGAGCUUUGUGGCCAAUCUCUACGCGUUCAUGAAGGAGAGGAACACGCCCAUCGAGAGGAUUCCACACCUGGGCUUCAAGCAGGUUAACCUGUGGAGGAUAUACAAGGCUGUGGAGAAACUGGGAGGAUAUGACUCGGUGACGGCCCGCAGACUGUGGAAGAACGUGUACGAUGAGCUGGGGGGCAGCCCGGGGAGUACCAGCGCUGCCACCUGCACCCGGCGCCACUACGAGAGGCUGGUGCUGCCAUUCGAGCGGAGGCUGAGGGGGGAGGAGGACAAGCCGCUGCCCGUCGCCAAACCUCGCAAACAGUACAAGAGCGCCAAGGAGGGCAAGGAGGGCGAGAGGAAGAGGAAGAGAAGCAACGAGGAGGAGAAGGCACAGAAAUCCGGCGACUGCAAUGAGGUAACGGGGCAGCAGACUGGUUGCACCCGGUGUGAGUCUGGGACCUGCCUGCCCCUGCCUCGAGGAUCCAUGCCUGCAGAAAUACGAAACAAACCAGAGAACCCGAAUCCUGACAGGGCAGGCACUCCAGAGGAGUCUGGGAAUAGGAGAGCUCACGAUGACUGGACCGCCAACGGACUGAGAGCUUCCCAUUCGUCAUCGAACCAUAAAGGAAACCAAACGGCUUCUGUCUGCGGAUCAUCCUGGCCAAUCAAAAGCCUGCUGUCCAACUUCCACUUGGAAGGCAGUCAUGGCGGGGUGAUCUCCCCGCUGGUUAAGAAGAAGCUGAUGGCGCAGGCCAGCGAGGCUGGGUCUCUGCGCUUCUUCCAGGCAGAGGGGAGCAAAGCCGGAGCUUGUCUCCAGCCCUCGUCUUCCAGCCCCGAAAGGCCCUCUGUGAUCCACCGUGCCCAGCAACCGGAACUCAGUCCUGGCCUCGCAACUUCCAGCCGGGCCUCUGACGAUGGAUCUCCGGAGCCCCCUUCUUCCCCAAGUCUGUCCGUUUGCUCCACUUCUGAAGAUUGCACCUCCCCGCCAGACGACUGCAGAGAGACCCCUGAUCGCCCUGCCUACUACGCAAGCAUCACCUCCGUCCCUUGCGUGAAUGGCAUCUACAAACCCCUGAGCCAUAACCCUGGCAAGGACCUGCCCGGCUUCCUGCAACCCCCCAGGGGGUUCCUGGAGGUGAAUCCCUACAGGAAUCUGGCCGCGAGGAACACGGGCAGAGAUUCCCGGGAACAACCGACUGACCUCAGCCUUCCCCGGAGCGCCUGGAGCCCCGACAGCAAAGGCACGGAAAAUGGAAUCCCUUCUGCCAAGUACAGCCGCCAGCCUCCCUCCUCUUUGGCUGGCUUUGGGCCAAAAGCCUGCUGGGUUCCCCCCAUGUCGAGUUUUACCAAAGUGCAGCCCAAAACAGGGGAGGUGGUGCGACCAAUCUUCCACCCCCGGCCAGGCCCCCAAGCCCAGGGAUUCAAACCUCACGUGCCCCAGAAGAGGAUGGCAGAAGACCCCGACUCCUCCGCUGCUUUCGAGAAGAAACUGCGGGUGGUGCCCCCCCUGCCUAAAGACUCAGGAGACCUCAAGGGCAAAGCGGAUCUCCCCAAGCCAUUCGCAACUCACAAGCUGCUGCACUCCCAGGCCAGCCUCCACCACCUUUCCUACCUGCUCCCCAGUUACAACAGGACUAGAGCCCCAGCCAGCUACCCUCUAGAGCAGCUCAAACCCUACUCCGUCCUGCCCCCCUCCCUCCACCCUCUCGUCUUCCCCUCCCUGCCGGCUCACCUAGCCGCGCCGCCCGCUGCAUCGCACCCACCUGAGCCGCUGUACCGCCACCUAGCUGUGGGAGGUGAACCUCCCUUCCUCUCUCCCUAUGAGUCCUCCCCUCACAGCUCGAGGUUCUAUCCCGUGCACGUCUGGCACCCCCAAGCCAGCUACGCCAUCGCCGGCCUGCAUUCAUUGUACCCCUCUAAACACUAAGCUGUGAGGCUGAACUGGACAGAGUCUUCGUCGCAGCGCUUUUGGAUUGUUGGAAACAAAUACUGGAUUUACCUCAAAACCGAUCUCAUGAACUGCUCAUGAUACAGACUCCCCAUUCAUGGGAUAAGGUGCUCUUUAUUGUAGUUGAUAUUGUAUAUUGAGCUGUAGCCAAAUGCAUUUUGAGAACCUGAUUGAUCCGGCAGUGCAAAGGGGGAAGAUCAGUUGACUCAAAGUAACCCUUUCAGUGGAUCUCAUUUUCAAAGCCCUACAGUUCAAAAGAUUUUUAAACAUCUGUUUAUUAUUAUAAUUAUUAUUAAUAUUAUUCUUGGUGUUAUUAAUAUUUGAAUAUAUUUAAGGAGGACAUACACACUGAGGUGUAAGAUCUCAUUUAUCAAGACUUUUCAGUUAAGGUCAGAUUGUGGGGAGUGUGUUUUGAAAGCUCCGCCACGAAAGAUCCUGCAAGACUCGAGGAUAAAAAAAAUAAUAAUCUGGAUACUGACUGCCAGGCCUGGGCGGUGAUGGAUUGCUGUUCUGUAACCAUGGAAACAGCGUUCCAAAAAAACCGUUUCCCUCAAGGAGGGGCUGUUGUUAAACUGGGUUUGCGUUCUCAAGCGAUUCGAAAUGCUGUGAAACUCCAGUCCGGUACCUUCUGGGUUUUUAAAAAAAAAAAAUGUAUUUACAUUGCACACUGAACAGUUCACACUACAGCAGCCAAUGCAGAAGACAGCAGCAAUGUACUGUGCCUGACCUCUGAGUGAAAGAGGUGCGUUUGUCGCCCAACACAACACCGACAGUUUGUGGAUGGCUUACUUUGAAUCACAUUUUUCUUCGUCUUCGAAGUUGUCCCUGCUUUUGUGCAGAGGUGUAAACCGAGAUUUUCUUUGCCACUGGACAUUCCCAAUACAUCCAGCAGGCUGGAGUUGGAAGAAUCUCUUCACAAGGUAUACAGUACUGUGUGAUACGCAGUUGAAAAAAAACAAAACACGAUAAACAGCUCCUAAUCUAUUGUGAAAGCCUGCAGCUCAGGCUUUGAGUGUGUUUACGUGCCAAAUGCAUUGCAGACGCUUGAGUGUUCUGGGGAAUUGUUAGCACCUGUUAUAGCUGCUUAGCAGGUAGACCAGUCACCCCUUUUAGCACCCAGUCUGAAUCUGUUACAUGCACAGCGACAGCCGUUUGGAUCCAUUAAGAACGAGUUCUACAGCUACAGCCAAAGGUUUUGCUUGAGAAUCAAGUCUGCUUCUGCUUCCGAGUCAAAUGGAACCUGUGCAGUAACGUUAAUGGGAAAAUGUUGAAUUACACACCGCUUUGAAAUUUUGCAUAUACUUAACGAAAAAAGUGACAUUUCAAAAUCUAACUUGAAAUAUUAUACUGCCAUUACAUCUUCCAAUAGACUUUUGUGAUAUCAUUUAGUAGUUUCUUUGAUAAAUAUCUAAAUUAUGUUCACAUAUAUAUAUAUAUAUA